GGAAGUCUACCGCCGCCAAACACCAUCGAUAAAGAAGCACAAUGUUGACUUCCGCCGUCUGAAUUCACGUGGAGCAGCGUGAGAAUUCCGUACCUACCGGGAAAAAGGCACAAAAAUGACGCAAUUGGACGGAGUAGUAAAACCCAAGUCAAAACGCUCGAAACGCUUCUUGGAGAGCAGAGCGCCCAAACUGACGGAGGACGUGAAGAGCGCUAUGAUCAUGAAAGGAGGGAACACCAGCCUGACCGUCACACAGGCCCUCAAAGACAUAUAUUCCCUGAAGAAACCCAAUGCUGUGCUGUACAAAAAAAAGAACAUUACUCGGCCGUUUGAGGACUCAACAUCUCUGGAGUUCUUCUCCAAGAAGACAGACUGCUCUUUGUUUCUGUUUGGCUCCCACAACAAGAAGAGGCCCAAUAAUUUCAUAUUUGGUCGUCUGUUUGACUUCCACGUUCUCGAUAUGAUUGAACUUGGAAUUGAGAAGUACGUCUCCCUGAGUGACAUUAAGACCAGUAAAUGUCCAGAAGGCACAAAGCCGAUGCUCGUGUUUGCAGGAGAAGCUUUUGAUACAGACAACGAUCACAAACGUCUGAAGAGUCUCCUCAUAGACUUCUUCAGAGGUCCAACUGUGUCUGCAGUCCGUCUGGCAGGUUUAGAACACGUUCUGCACUUCACUGCCCUGGAAGGGAAAAUCUACAUGCGCAGCUACAGGUCUCUGUUGAAGAAGUCUGGUUGUCGGACGCCGCGGAUCGAGCUGGAGGAGAUCGGGCCGUCGUUUGACUUUGUCUUAAGAAGAACACAUUUGGCUUCAGAUGACCUGUACAAGUUAGCUCAUAGACAGCCAAAGGCCCUGAAGCCCAAGAAAAAGAAGAACAUUUCCCACGAUGCCUUUGGUACCAAGUUUGGCCGAGUGCACAUGCAGAAGCAGGAUCUGUCCAAGCUGCAGACACGGAAGAUGAAGGGCCUGAAGAAGAGGAGGGGGGAGGUGGUUGUGGAAGAUCAGGACGUUCAGGCAGCAAAAGUGGCCAAAGUAGACGGCUGAAGCUGCUUUUGUUUCUUGUAAAUAUAGAUUUAUGUCCAGUACUGGUCCAGCAGCGGUCUCUGUCCGUCUCUCCGUAGGACUGAUGAUGUGUUUAUCAUUGACAGCUUUAACUGUCAAGGCCUUGGCAUCAGAGGAACCUCUGAACCAAAGGAAUAAAGAUCCAUUAUUCCUUC